AUGGCUGUGUCCAGGAAGAAAGCUGCACCGAUGUUUAUUAAUGAUACACUUGAGGCCCUCAUCCAUGGAGUCUGCCGGCACCUGAUGUCCUCUACACCAGGAAUGGCUCCAGGACGCAAGGUUGGGAGAUGGAAUGUCAUUCUAUUAUGGUAUGGCAGGUCAGUUCGGCUGAGUGGAAUGUACAUCCUGUGGUAUGUGGGAAGUCAUGGAUGCACCACAUCUCCUAGACGAACACAUCCACAGGAAGCGUUAGUAGCUGCAGAAGCUUGUGUUCUAAAACCCGGAGCUCAAAAGUUUUCAAACCAACAGGUCGCGAAGCGAAAUACAAUAGACUGGGGAAAGAUCUUCGACACUGAGCAGUACCAUACGGUGAUGGACUUUGUUUGUCUGGACUCUGAGCCCGGCCAGUGGAAUCAAUCGGCAGAGGAGAGUAUGUGGGACGGUAUCAACUCCAGCUCCGGGCAGCCCAGCAAUAAGUCCUCGGUGAAUGAAUGUGUGUCGGUGUCUGUGGUCUUCCCAGUCAUCAUGAUGAUCACUGGCAUCGUGGGCAAUACUCUCGCCUUGCUGCUGGUGUAUAAGUCGUAUCAUAAGAAGGAAAAUAAGAAGAAGAAGCCCUUCCUGCUGAUUAUUGGAGCUCUGGCUCUGACCGACCUGACUGGCAAACUGCUCAUUAGCCCUGUCGUUAUUUCAGUCUAUCUGACCAACAGGCAAUGGAGCAGAGUGGACCCAUCCGGCAACUUGUGCGCCUUCUUUGGGGUCUGUAUGACUACGUUUGGCCUUUGCCCCUUGUUUUUGGCCAGUGCUAUGGCAAUUGAAAGGACCUUGGCUAUCCACGCUCCCCAAUACUACUCCAACCAUAUGACGACCAGGCUCACCAAACUGGUGGUGCUUUCUAUCUGGUUCGGCGUGGUGAUCUUCGCCUUGCUGCCCAUUGUUGGGGUUGGGAAGUACACUUUGCAAUGGCCGGGUACCUGGUGCUUCAUCAACACUGGCAAGCACAUCUUAGGCAACACCAUUUUUGCUUCAACCUUCACCGUGUUGGGUAUCACCUCUUUGCUGGUCACAUUGAGCUGCAACGUCGCAACUAUCCGCGGACUGGUGGUUCGCUGUAAGAAAAAACUGACCGCCAAUAAGCAAUGGGAAAGGAUCACAGUGGAAACGCUCACACAGCUGUUGGGGAUUAUGUGCGUGCUCUGUGUUUGCUGGUCCCCUCUGCUGGCACUGAUGUUGAAAAUGAUCUACACUGAAAGUUCUUCGGAUCACUGCUACACACCUCCUCCAGCCAAGUCCUCGUCCCUAAACACUGAGCUGCAAACUGAUUGCAAUUUUCUCCUCAUAGCCAUUAGACUGGCAUCCUUAAAUCAGAUUCUUGAUCCCUGGGUUUACUUAUUGUUCAGAGAAAUCCUGUUAAGGAAAGUAUGUCAGGUAGCCAAUGCUGUGACUAAUUGCUCAGUAGAGGGGUUCAAGGAGAUUCCUGUAACAGUGGAAGCUAGGGACCAUUUGAAAGAACAAACAACAUAA